GGGACCCGGAAGGUGAGCCUGCGGAGCCUAGCCUCAGAUCAGGUCGCGACCGAGACCCGGGAGGAUGGAGAGGCACCGGGCGCGCGCACUCGGACGGGACAGCAAGGCGCCGCGGAGGAAGGGCUUACCGUCCGCGCCGCCCGCUGGCCCCUACGAACCCGGGGAGAAACGUCCCAAGUUGCAUUUAAAUAUUAGAACACUGACGGAUGAUAUGCUGGACAAAUUUGCCAGCAUAAGAAUUCCAGGAAGCAAGAAAGAGAGAACUCCUCUUCCCCACCUGAAGACUGUGUCUGGAAGCAGUGACUGCUCUGCAGAGACAAUGGAAAACAAUCCAAAGUCGUUGUCAGAGAGUGAAGUAUUGAAACUUUUUGAGAAGAUGAUGGAAGAUAUGAAUUUAAAUGAAGAUAAAAAGGCACCAUUGCGGGAAAAAGACUUCAGUAUCAAAAAAGAAAUGGUGAUGCAGUACAUUAAUACUGCUUCUAAGACAGGAAGUCUUAGAAGUAGCCGACAGAUCUCACCCCAGGAAUUUAUCCAUGAGCUGAAAAUGGGGUACACAGACGAGAGACUUUUCACAUAUCUGGAGUCACUGCGAGUAUCAUUGACCAGUAAUCCUGUGAGUUGGGUGCAAAGCUUUGGACAUGAAGGACUCGGAUUAUUACUGGACAUUUUAGAAAAACUAAUUAAUGGGCAAAUCCAAGAAAAAGUUGUGAAGAAGACUCAGCACAAAGUUAUCCAGUGUCUGAGAGCCCUGAUGAACACACAGUAUGGCUUAGAAAGAAUUAUGAGUGAAGAGAGGAGUCUUUCCUUGUUGGCAAAAGCCAUGGAUCCCAGGCAGCCCAGCAUGAUGGCAGAUGUGGUGAAGCUUCUUUCUGCUGUGUGCAUUGUUGGGGAGGAAAGCAUCCUUGAAGAAGUGUUAGAAGCCUUGACUUCAGCUGGAGAAGAAAGAAAAAUUGACAGAUUUUUUUCCAUUGUGGAAGGCCUCCGGCAUAAUUCAGUGCAACUGCAAGUAGCGUGUAUGCAGCUCAUCAAUGCCCUUGUUACAUCUCCUGAUGAUUUGGACUUCAGGCUUCACCUCAGAAAUGAAUUUAUGCGUUGUGGAUUGAAAGAGAUAUUGCCAAACUUAAAGGGGAUUAAGAAUGAUGGCCUGGAUAUACAACUUAAAGUAUUUGAUGAGCACAAAGAAGAAGAUUUGAGUGAGUUCUCCCAUCGCCUUGAAGACAUUAGAGCUGAACUUGAUGAAGCAUCUGAUGUGUACAGUAUGGUAUGGGACACAGUUAAGGAAACUAGAGCAGAGAGACAUUUUGUUUCUAUUCUUCAGCAUCUUCUGCUCAUUCGAAAUGACCGUUUUAUAAGACAGCAAUACUUCAAAUUAAUUGAUGAGUGUGUGUCACAGAUUGUAUUGCAUAGAGAUGGAAUGGACCCUGACUUCACAUACAGAAAAAGACUAGAUUUGGACUUAAGUCAGUUUGUAGAUGUUUGCAUAGAUCAGGCAAAAUUAGAAGAGUGGGAAGAGAAAGCAUCAGAACAUUGCAAGAAAUUUGAAAAAGAGUGUACUGACCACCAAGAAACCCAGGCUCAACUGCAGAAAAAAGAGGCAAAGAUUAAUGAGCUUCAAGCAGAGUUACAAGCUUUUAAAUCCCAGUUUGGUGCCUUGCCACCUGGUACAAAAAUUCCUUUGCAAACUUCAGCAGAAGGUGAAGCUGCCCCUUCAGCCCUUCCUCCUGCCCCACCAGCACUGGGUGCAGGAGUUCCGCCUCCCCCACCGCCCCCUCCUCCACCACCUCCACCACUUCCAGGAAUGGCAAUGCCAUUUGGUGGCCCCAUACCACCACCACCUCCCCUGGGAUUUCUCGGUGGGCAAAGCUCUUUUCCAUUAAACCUGCCAUUUGGGUUGAAACCAAAGAAAGAAUUUAAACCUGAAGUCAGCAUGAGAAGAUUGAACUGGUUAAAGAUCGGACCAAAUGAAAUGUCUGAGAACUGUUUCUGGAUAAAAGUAAAUGAAAAUAAGUAUGAAAAUAGGGAUUUGCUUUGUAAACUUGAGAACACAUUUUGUUGCCAAGAAAGAGAGAAAAGGAAUACAAAUGAUUUUGACGAGAAGAAAGUUCUUAAGAAGAGAAUGAAGGAACUUAAAUUUCUAGAUCCUAAAGUUGCUCAGAACCUUUCAAUCUUCCUGAGCUCCUUCCGAGUGCCAUAUGAGAAAAUAAGGGUGAUGAUAUUGGAAGUGGAUGAAACACAGUUGUCAGAGUCUAUGAUUCAGAACUUAAUAAAGCACCUUCCUGAUGAAGAGCAAUUGAAGUCAUUGUCACAGUUUAGAAAUGACUAUAACAGUUUAUGUGAGCCUGAGCAGUUUGCGGUUGUGAUGAGCAAUGUGAAGAGACUCCGGCCACGGCUCAGUGCUAUUCUCUUUAAGCUUCAAUUUGAAGAGCAGGUGAACAACAUCAAACCUGACAUCAUGGCUGUCAGCACUGCCUGCGAAGAGAUCAAGAAGAGCAAAAGCUUUAGCAAGUUGCUGGAACUUGUGUUGCUAAUGGGAAACUACAUGAAUGCUGGCUCCCGGAAUGCUCAAACCUUCGGAUUUGACCUUAGCUCCCUCUGUAAACUAAAAGACACAAAAUCUGCAGAUCAGAAAACAACACUCCUCCAUUUCCUGGUAGACGUAUGUGAAGAAAAGCAUCCGGACAUCCUUCACUUUGUGGACGAUUUUGCACAUUUAGACAAAGCUAGUAGAGUCUCUGUAGAAAUGCUGGAAAAGAACUUGAAGCAGAUGGGAAGGCAGCUUCAACAGCUUGAGAAGAAUUUGGAAACCUUUCCCCCUCCUGAGGACUUGCAUGACAACUUUGUGAUAAAGAUGUCCAGCUUCGUUACCAGUGCGAGAGAGCAGUAUGAAAAACUCUCCACACUACUGGACAACAUGACACAAUUGUACCAGAGUGCCAUGGGCUACUAUGCUGUCGACAUGAAGAAGGUCUCGGUGGAAGAGUUCUUUAAUGACCUGAACAACUUCAGAACUUCAUUCAUGCAAGCAUUAAAGGAAAACAUCAAAAAACGAGAAGCAGCGGAAAAGGACAAACGAGCCAGGAUAGCGAAAGAGCGAGCAGAGAAAGAACGACUUGAACGCCAGCAAGAGAAAAAGCGCUUACUAGAAAUGAAAACUGAGGGUGAUGAGACAGGAGUGAUGGAUAGUCUGCUGGAGGCCUUGCAGUCAGGGGCUGCCUUCCGCGACAGAAGAAAAAGGACACCAAAGCUGAAAGAUAUUCGGCAGAGUCUCAGUCCAACGUCUCAGAGGCCUGUUCUCAAAGUUUGUAACCAUGAAAAUCAGAAAAUGCAGUUGACAGAAGGGUCACGUCCACACCACAGUAUCAAUUGCAACUCCACCAGGACUCCAGCUGCCAAGGAGCUUAAUUAUAAUCUAGACACUCAUACGUCUACAGGGAGGAUCAAGGCAGUUGAGAAGGAAGCCUGUAAUGCAGAAAGCAACAGAAAAAAGGAAAUGGAACUUCUUGGCUCUAGUUCUAAAAGCGAAUCAGUUCCUGAAGUUGAAGCCCUGCUGGCAAGAUUACGAGCUUUAUAAAUGAAACUGGUUAAAAAAAAAAAAAAUGAUUAAGCCAAGCACCAAGCCAUGCUUUCAGCUAUAACACUUGAAAAGUUACUUUUAUGUAAGUGACUUUAUAUAGUUCUAAAUUAUGAUAUAUAUUAGAAAAAGUAAAGCUAAAUACAUGAUUGCAAUACUUUUCCUAUAUGCUUGAAGUUUUUGCAUUAUUCAAGAUUGUAAUGGGCUUUAAUGCUUUUAUUUUUGUCUUCUGGUAUUCAUUUAUUCUGUAGUUGCCAAUUAAAUUAUACAUGUUGCUUUAGAGAGCAAGAAAGCAGCCAUGUAUUCAACUGUGUCCUUAAGAAAAUGGAAUCUUUCUAAGUAAUUUUUACCACUUCAACAUUAAUGAAAGAGCAUCAGGCUGAAGACUUGAUGUCUGUCCAUAUGUAUUUUUUAUUUGUUAUCUGAAUAAACCCAAAUGUUUCCAAUACAGCAUCAGAAACAUAUAAGUGUGUGUAUGCGAGCCAUAUUGACCAGUGUUGACUCACAUUAACUAAACUCUGGAAGACACACUUCUAAAAAAUGAUGCCGCAAGAAUAUUUGCACUUUCUUUGCAAAAUGUGCAUGCAUUUUGCAAAGUAGGAAUCUGAAGUAGGAAUGUCUCUAGCAUCACCUUGGUCUUAGCCAAGGGGACACUUUUACCCUCAGUAUUAUGACUCUGAACUAAAAUUACCAUUCAGAAAUUUCCCAAGGAAUACAUUUUUUAUUUUUGACAAACUUAGGAUUUCAUUUUGUUUUAAGCUGACAAUCGUAACUGUGACAACAAUCUGAUGUUUCCAGGACAGUUUCUAUAUGCAAAUGUUUCAAUUGUACCUCACUUGGCACCAUUCCUUUGUUAUUUCCUUAUCAAAAAUAAAUAAACUUGCUGCUUGCACUAAAA